GGAAAGUCAGGAACCACAACUUCGCUAACUUAACAGCAGGUAUUGAGCCUUGUGCUGGCCAUGGGGGACAUGAAGACCCCAGACUUUGAUGAUUUGCUGGCAGCUUUCGACAUCCCUGACAUUGAUGCUAAAGAGGCCAUCCAGUCAAGUCCAGAGGAGGAACGAGAUGAGGUGGUGACUAAUAUUGAGGAAAGAGAGACGAGGUCCCCAUCGUGCUUUCCCCUGCUCUCCUGCCAAAGUGAGCCGCCUGUGGUCAGCGUUAUUGUGAAGAACAAAGUACGGUCUGAGUCCUGUGAAGAGGAGGAGAGCUCUGUCAGGGAUGAUGACAAAACAGACAAUCAUUCAAACAGUGGUUCAGACUCUGAGAUUCAGGUCAAGUUGAGUGAUGUCACCUCACAGGUGGGUACCAAAUCCCCUGCUGAAUCUGCUGUGGAGCCCCAGAUUGCCAAUGGCUUCGAAGGAUCUGCCACCAGUGAUCAGGGACAGUCAGACGCAGAGCCAUGGCCCCGGCGUUCACCGUCACUGAGUGAUAACAAAGAAGAAUGUGAUAAAGGAGCUGGAUUAGUGCAGCACACGACUGAUGUCAUGAGCAGUUUGAAGAGUCAUCUAUACCCUGAGUCUUCGAGUGGCACCAGUCCCAAAUCCUCACCUCCUCCCUCCCUGCAUUCUUUGAGCCCUCACCUUCCUCCUCGCGCCCCUCAGACAGAGGAAACAUGUCCGCAUGACAGUUCGCUGCCCUCCCCUUUACCCCAAAAUGGGAAUAUUAAAGUUGGAAUUGAGCGUGGCACACACUCUGAUGAAGAUGACUCAGAACCAGACUUGGGUAGUCCACUGGUGAUCCAGGAGAGCCCAGAAUUUGUAAUGCCCUCACCUCCAAAAUUUAAACACAGAGCAAAACUUCAGUCUGAGCUGCUUAGGUCCCCUGAAACCACUUCAUGCCACCAUUCUCUUCCUCCUCCACCUCUCUCCUCGUCUCUAGCUUUGGUUAAACCUAAAGUCCAACGUGCACAGGGGGGGCGACCUACCACCCCCACUUCUCCCUCCACAGCUCCUCAGCCACACAGCCCCCAAGACAGCCUUCCAUCUGUCAAUCUGGGCUCUGCAUCAGUCCAAGGGGAGAAAUACCCAGAGCAUGUGAUUGAUGAGAGGGACUCGCCAGAGAGCCCGCCACCCAGUGAGACGGGUCUUGUAUUCCCUAAGAGAAGCAGUAGCAGCCCUGAUUCGGCCCCAACACCAGGUCUAGUAAAGAACCACAUGGCCUUCGAUCAUCAAGAGGAGCACAUGGAAACUGAGCCCAGCCAAGAGGACAGGACAGAUAACACUAAGGAGCAACCAGAAAAGAUGGCUGGAGAUGUGGAAAACAACGAGAAAUGUGGUAAUGGCACGUCAUCUGAGGAUCCUGUGUCUGCUAGUGCUUCACAGACAGUUUCAUCUCCUUUGCGCCCCCUCAAAGUUAAAAUCAAAAUGCCUUCAGGGAACUACACAAGGACUGUGACUGGUGUGGGACCUAAAAGAAAUGUAAGAGCCACUUCUAGGGGUUCAAAACCUUCAUCAGAAGGCCAUAACACAAGAUCCAGGAAGGAGGUAUCACAGCAGUCUCUUGCAAUGGCAGUUCUCCAGGAUGCAUGUCCUGUAACCACAGAAGGUUUCGGUACAGUCAAAGACAAACCCGCCGGGACCAUUAAGCCUAAAGUUUCCCCCACAGCUGUCAACAUCACCAAAACCGCAGCCCUGCCCUCCAUCUCUGUCUCGUCUGCCAGAGUCAGCCAAGGUGGGAUCAACCUGCGGAGCCUUGGUCAGAAAGCUUUCAAGAGUGGGGCGACACUGCCUUCACCUGCAGCUCUACUUCCUUCUCAAGGUAGCAGCAGACCUGCCUCCAUUGUCAACAGCACCGGUGCGAUCAUAUCCAAGAGUCAGACCAACCUGGUAGAAGCCUUCAACAAAAUCCUUAACAACAAGAAUCUGCUGCCCAGUUAUAAACCAGAUCUGAGUUCUCCUCCUCCUGCAGAGUGGGGCCUUCCUCUACCUGCACAGGGUUACCGCUGUUUGGAGUGCGGCGAUGCCUUUGCCCUAGAGCAGAGUUUGGCGCGGCACUAUGAUCGGCGCUCAUUGAGGAUUGAGGUGACUUGUAAUCACUGUGCCAAGCGCUUGGUCUUCUUCAACAAGUGUAGCCUGCUUUUACACGCCAGAGAGCACAAGGAGAGAGGUCUGAUCAUGCAGUGUUCACACCUGGUCAUGAAACCCGUACCUGUGGAGCAGAUGAUUGUCCAUCAGGAGCUGACGCAAAAUGGUGUGCUUCCUUCGGCAUCAUCAUCUUCCUUAUUAGGCCAGGCCACCCCAAUCUCAGUAGCCCAGCCUCAUCAAGGAAUAUCUAAUAAGAAAGCAGACACCGUGCAGUACAUCAGUAAUAAAUGUCCUGAGUGUCAGACUCAGUUCAGCAGUAAAGAAGAGGUGGCCCAGCAUUUCCAAGAAAUCAAAUCAGCACACACCAAUUCGUGCACAGAAUGUUCUCCACCAAUGCUCCUGCCCAACAGCUGUAGUGCAGCAGCUCACCAACGCAUCCACCAAGGCAGCCAACCGCACGUCUGCCCAGAGUGCGGUGGCACGGCCAAGCAGCCACACUUUCAAACACAUCUGGAUGAAACUUGUUUGCACUUUGCACGCCGCAUCGGGUACAGAUGUUCCAGUUGCCAGGUGGUGUUUGGAGGGCUGAACUCAGUGAAGUCUCACAUCCAACAGUCUCAUUGUGAUAUGUUCCACAAGUGCCCCAACUGUCCCAUGGCUUUUAAAUCUGCCCCCAGCAUACAGAACCACAUCACUGCCCAACAUCCGACGCUCACUGAAGGACAGGCCAUCAUGAUCUAUAAAUGUGUCAUGUGCGACACAGUUUUUACACACAAGCCCCUGCUGUACCUCCACUUUGACACUCAUUUAACCAAUCAAAAGGUGCAAGUGUUCAAAUGCCCUGAGUGCACUAAGCUGUUUUCUCAGAGGAAUUCCCUAAUGGACCAUUUCAAGUCCCACAAGACUCCCACUUCCAAAAAAGUCGAAGGCAAAGAGUUGCCUUCAACUCCAGCCACUUCCUCUUGUUCACGGCCAUCAGUGAAGUUGGAGAGCUCAGAUGGGGAAGAACUGACUGAUCAAGAUAAAGAGGAGAAAGUGAAGACGGAUAGGAUAAAGACCCCCUCAGGGUGGAAGUGUGUGCCUUGCCACGCUCGCUACACAGACCGGGAAGAAUUCAUUGCCCAUAUGGCAAAACAGCAUAACAAGAUACUGAAGAAGUUUCCUUGCAACAAAUGUGAGAGCUCCUUCACCACCACCUCCAGUAUGAGACGUCACAUCAGAGACAAACACAAAGUCAUGAGUCGUUCCUUCCGCUGCCAGUUCUGUACUGACAGUAAGAAAACAUUCAGCAGCAGAGCGCUCUUGGAGAGGCAUGUUCAGCUCAGACACAGUACGGACACUGUGAAACAGGACACAUUGAUGGGAGGCAGAGAUGAGGCAGAGAGCUCCUCAGAACAGGACAGCAGUUUAGGGACCCGCCGCAGACGGAGAGGAGCUGUGAAGGUGGAGCAGGAUGAAGAAUCCACAGAUGGAGUGAGUCCAGUGAAAAAGCUGCGCUCUGCCUCCGCACCUGCACCUUACCCUCUCCCUGAGUCGGGGUUCCGCUGUGCCCCCUGCGGCUUCACCACCGAGGUCCAGGCCAUGUUCCUGGAGCACAUCGUCCAGCACCGGCGAGGGGCGCCAGAGGCCAGCGACCAGCAGUGUCUGCAGUGUGGCGCCUGCUUCACAUCCAUCUCCUCCCUGUCACGCCAUCGCUUCAUCAUGCACAAAGUGAGAGACACUGACAACCAGCAAGCCAGUGCGUGCCUGGCUGGUUCCCCUCUUAACAGCAAGAACCCUGAUGACAGGAGUUCGCUGGACGGUUUUGCACCAGCAUCGCCCUCCUCUCAGCUAUCCAUGGCUCAAGGGAAGGAAGAGGAGGCCACACUGGCCUGUAAGGUGUGUGGCAAACAAUUUGAGAAGUCAGCAGAUCUGAAUACACACUUCAGAACUCAUGGUAUGGCUUUUAUCAAUGCAAGGAAUGCAGGAAAAACUACCUAAGAUGCUAGAUGUGAGGGGAGGGGUAGAGUCAGUAGAUGAUGAAAACGUGCCUUAUUUAUCCCUGACUGCUCCUCAAAGUGUAGGUCAGCACACUGAUGCACUAAUUUAACCAAAGAUUACUAGAAUCAAAUUUCUAUGUUAAUAGAUUGUAAAACAAUCAAAUCUGAUACUCACUGGGCGAGACAAGCCUCAACUUUCUACUUGUGACACUCAGGAUCUAACGCAGCGUUUCUGUGUUCAGUAACGAUACUAAUGAGAUUACAGCUACUUCCCAGGCAGCGGGCCGUUAGUCUGACUAGUUCACCGCUGUGACCACAUUCACACAUUAAUGUGCCAGUAGAGACCCGUGAAUGUUAGUACUGGAUUUUACUGUGAUUAUGAUGGUUUUUUCAAUGAAUGUUGAUAGACAGCGAUGGAAUGUGACGGUUUUGAUUUCAAUAUUUCAUCCUACUGAGACUCUUGAAUGCCAACCCAGGAGUUAUUCACUUUGCAAAGUCCUUUUUUAAGUAUAUUUUUAGAGAAUGAUUGCAGGGGAUAGAGUACGUUAGCUCAGUGGCUAUCAAGUAUGUGUACUUCUAACUUAUUUCCAGCCAUUAUUCAAAAUAUAAUAAUACAAUAACAUUUUAGAUUGAUUUAUAACUUUAAAGGCAGCCAUUGGCGAAUACACAUUUUAAUGUGUGUGUGUGUGUAUAUAUGAACAUUUAUUUACAAAGACUUGAAGUUUGCGUGAGAUAUGUAAGCCGUCAAAGCUGUGCUGAAGUGGGAGGAUGGUAAAGAGGGAAUUUUGUACUAAAGAUUUGUGAUAUGUGUAAGAUACCCACUUACUUUGUCCAACCUGAAACUCCAAACAAGCUUCAGCUGAUCUUCUAAACUAAUGGAGGAUAUUGAUCGUAACGCAACGUACUGUGGAUUUUUUCCCCCCUUCGCUAACACUGAAAUCAUGUCAGAGGGAUCUUUUCGCUGCCCAAUAAGAGCAAUCAAUAACUGUUUUUGAGAACUUGUCUCAGCAAGUUUUAUAUUUCUUCAGGUUUCUAUUCAUACUUGACUGAAAUAAACAGGUAGUUUUCUGAAAAAAAAGGAGUCAACUUGAAAAAAUAUAGUGUAUUGUGAUAAUGGUCAGCAAUGAUCUGAAGUCGACACAAUUUGUAGUUAUCGGGGUAGAACUUUCGAAACCAUUGAAAUGAAGGUUUAACUCUUUUUAAGUGUAAUGUGCUGCAUUUACAUCAGAUAACUGAUUAAUUCCUUCUCUGUGAGGAAGUAAAAUACUGUAUUUUGGGCUUUUGGUAUGGGGACCUAUGUUUGUCUAAAUCCUGUUUCAUAAGAUCACUGUAAACAAAAGAUCAGUUUGUAUGUUUUGAUUCAUUACGAGAACCAUGUGUUUGAGUUUUUCUUCUGUCUUUGGCACUGCUACAUCUUAAAAUUAAGAUUAUUCUGCAUAACUGGAUGUAAUCAGAUGUAUUGUAUUCAGUUUUGAGUGCUGUGUCGUGAUUUGAUUUUUGAUUUGUCAACUUGCAUCAUUUUCAUCUGUUCAUGGCUGGCUGGAAUAUCUCUGACUGCAGGAUCUAUAGACUGAGCUAAAGUCCACUGUUUAAAAAAAAAAAGAAGAAAGAAAUACAUUUCUUUUUAUGUGCUGUAGUUGUCUAUGACCUGUGUGUGAUUGUGUUUACUUUCUCAGGAUAUUAUCCAAUGCUUUAACACACAUCGCUCUAUUUUUAUGUUUUUGCAUUGACAAGAUAAGUUCUAACCAAACAUUUAAUAAAAAAAGAUAAAUAAAAUCUGGCACAUUAUCAGUUGAAUUGAUGUCUUCUUUAUAACUUGUUUCAUCCUCCAUUUUAACAGUGAUGUGAUGUCUAAAUAAGUGAG